AUGCUUCAUGUGGACAAGGUGGACAGUUUGCAAGCGGAGACACUCUGUAUAACUGCAAAUAGGCUGGAAGCACGGACUUGCUACAAAAUUGUCUUACGGUAAGUGUGUACCUACUUUAGUUCGCUUUUUUUCAUUGUUCGAGUGAUUACAGCUUUUUCCAUUCGAACGGAACUCACGCCGCCUACGCAGUCUUUCAGGCCGAUUGUCUAGGAUGUAUAGACCUGGCAAGAGAUGCUCCAAUCCGAGGAACUUAUCAUGGUACCACAUUUUUUUAGACACCCCCCCUUCUCCAUGAACUUUUCCAGACGUCGACCCAAUGGGCCUAUUCAGUUCGGUACUUCCGACUCAAGACAUCAAAUUCGGAAGCUCGGUGAGAUGCACCAAAAGUGAGCCGUACUACUAUACACUAGUGUAAGUUUUUCAGGGUCAUAGUUCUUGAAAAAUGUUUCCCCUCUUAUAGACUUUUCAAUGAUUUCGGAAAAAAAUUGGAUGAAAUCAAUUUGAAGCGACGUUGGCUUCAUCCUCUAAUCUCGAGAAUAGAAGUGAGGGAGCCCGAGCAAAAGUUGUACGGAUAUCUUUAUAAACCGCCGGGAGCCGGUCCGUUCCCAGCGAUCAUCGACAUUCAAGGAGCCGGCGGCACCAUGUUGGAGAUGAUUCCCACGUUUUUCGCUUCUCAAGGCUUUCUAGUACUCACUUUUAUGUACUUUCAACACGAAGAUCUGCCGGAUGCGAUUGCCGAUGUGGAUGCAGCGUUCUUUCAAAAACCGAUCGAUUUGCUACUCGAUCUACCGUAUUCGAACGGGCGAUUGGGAGUGUUCGGACCGUCUUUUGGAGGUCUGACCGCCAAUUUUCUGGCCACCAAAUACCCUCAGAUCUCCGCCGUCAUCGCCGUCAACGCAUUCGAAUCGUUUUGUCGGGACGAGCUUGUGAUGAAAGAGAACGGAGCACCGAUUGAAUGUGCGAGAAUCGACGAAGGAGGCGCGGUUUGGAGGAACGGAGUGCUGGGCACUGCUCCGUGCUUCCGAGAACUCUACGAGAACUUGAAGCCCGAACACAAGCUGCCCUGGGCCCGAGUUGCGAAGAGCACCGCGUUCCGAGUGAUCGGAGGGAUGGAUGACAUGGUCAUGGACUCGGUGCAGUGUGCGAGACACCUCCACAAGGAUCUCACGGACAAUGGACUUUAUGUUGAGGUAAACUAGACAAUAAACGUUAAUUUUCGGACAGAAACCACUUCAAGCACCUUAAUUUUAGUACCAGAGGAAGAACUCAACGGAAGAACACGGAAGAAUUUUUAUCUUUUUUAGAAAAUUGUUUCAUGAAAUGUGAUCAACUGACGAAAUGUAUAGCAAAGGGAACUCUGCUCAUAGAAAAAUAAUUGUAAAUUUAACUUUUCAUACAAAAAAGUUAAAGGCUAACCGAAGACGGAAGGACAUUUUCACGGAACAACUCGAAUAACUUUUUUAUAUGAAAAGUUAAAUUUACAAUUAUUUUUCUAUGAGCAGAGUUCACUUUGCUAUACAUUUCGUCAGUUGAUCACAUUCCGUGAAAAAAUUUUCUAAAAAAGAUACAAAUUCUUCCGUGUUCUUCCGUUGAAUUCUUCCGCGUACUGAUCAACAAAAAAGGCUACAUUUCAGAUGGAUCUAGUGGCCUCCGGACACUCGUUACUUCCACCCUUCUACCCGCACAUUCCAUUUCUCUAUAACAAAUUCCAAGGAUUGAUGUGGGCGUACGGAGGACACAGUGUCCUUCAGGAGAAGAGCCAACGCACGGUCUGGGCGAGAAAUGUCGAGUUUUACAAACGAUUUCUGGGAUGUCCGCCGAAGAUUCCGGAUUGGAGUCGGGAAAAGGAAGUGACGAUGCCGAGCAGAAGUCGAUUAUGA